ACGCGGGUGAUUCCAAGAGAUGAGUCAACGUGUGGCGCAGUACAACAGUUGCCUCGUACGGUCUAUACCAACAACACACAGCGAUGUCUAACGUGUAACGCCAACUCUGUAUAGCAUCGACUGGGCUUCUGUGUUUAUUUACCUGUCAUCGUGGCGUCUAGGCAGAAAGACAGGCGUAUCGACCAGAUAUUUGUGGAUUUGUGUGAAAACUGUUGACUUUGUUGAGAGCUAUUGGCAAGGUCAAGAUAUUCUGAGGUGAUUUCUGACCACGGAGGAAAAUACGUCGUCUGCUGGACCGUUAUUUACCGCAAGUCGAAAAAAACGUCGUAAAUCGCCACCGCAAAGCGGCAAACUGUCGUGAAACUAAGCCGCAAACCGACCAAACGUCGUAAACCCGGAAGCGGGGUGUCGUAAUCGUCGCUGCCGUUGAACGUGCCAGCCUUGCGCGAUGGACUUGCCGCGGGUCGGGAGCAGCAUGGCGGAGGUGUCCAGGUGUACGAGACGGAAACAAGCUUGUCCGCGGCGGAAAAAAGAAUAUGAAGAUGAGGAGGAUGAAGGUGCAGUUCUAGACGAUGCGGACGCCAGCAGCACCACUCACAUGUCCGACUCAGGAGUGGUGGAGGACAACGAACCUGAGCAGCGACUGGACGACAGUCUACACAUGGAGAACGGCACACCCGUCCAGUCACCAGCUGCAGAUGACAUCUCCACAACCCCCAGUACCCCGGGGACGCCAGACCACUCCAACCCCCCCACCCCGGGGACCCCCCACCGUACUGAUGAGCUGGCCGGGGAAGGCUCGCAGGCCGAACAUGAUAUACGAGAGUACGCCAACAGGAGCGACACCGCCAUCGUGUACCCAGAGUCCGCCGACGACCCUAUGGUCGGUCAUGCCCCUCCCAACGGAACUGGAAACCUUCUGGAGGAUCAGCUGUUGUCUUGUCCGUACUGCGACAGAGGUUACAAGCGGUUAACGUCAUUGAAGGAACACAUCAAGUACCGGCACGAGAGAACGGACAGUAGUUAUGCCUGCAACGAGUGUAACUACACGUUUGCCUACAAGUCGCAACUGGAGCGACACAUGGCGUCACACAAACCCGGGCGGGACCAGGUCUGUGAGAGGUGUAACAAGGCUUUCGUGAACAUCUACCGCCUCCAGCGUCACAUGCUGACGCAUAGUAGUGGGAACCGCAAGUUCAAGUGCCACGAGUGUGGGAAAGCGUUCAAGUACAAACACCACCUGAAGGAGCACCUGAGAAUCCACAGCGGUGAGAAGCCGUACGAGUGCCCGAACUGUCACAAGCGCUUCUCGCACUCCGGAUCCUACAGCUCCCACAUCAGCAGCAAGAAGUGCAUCGGGCUCAUCUCCUUCCGCAACAAGAUGGCGGCCGAGAUGCCCCCAAACGUCGUCCCCACGAGCAUGCACCUCCUCAUGGCACAGGCAGCAGCAAAUCCCACGGUGUCGUUACCCAACGGUUCAGCAAACCCUGCCAGUAACGGACUUCAUGCCAGCUCCACAGGGCUGUUACAGGCGCAGCUCAACCUGACGUUGCCGUCGCUUCUUGCAGCUACCCCUCCCCUCGGUGCCGCAUCAUCUGUACCGCCUCCCGUUAUGGUGAAGACGGAGCCACUGGACACGUUAAGCCCACCCAUGUCCUCCAGGAGCAGCAUUUCCCCAUCAUCGUCUGGUGUGUACGUUAGCAGCUCAGGAAGUUCCACAGAGAGCCCGGUGAAGGGCGACAUAAACCAGGUGAAGAAGGUCCUACAGAUCGUAGAGAACACCGUCACUAGGCAACAGAAGGAGACGGGUGCCAUGCCGGACACACGGGCCCGGGCCGUCGAAAACGUCGCCGGAAAUCUCAGCGACGAGUUGUCGAAAAUCAGGGAAAACGCCAAGGCCAUGUCCCUGGCAACGGAGGCACUGUCGCUCAGCGAUGCCGCUCGUCUCCCACUCAACCUGAACGGCUUCCACACAGGUGACCCGACCAGCGCUUCCAACUACAUCUUAAAGUAUACCCUGGAGAAGUUCAACCAAGCCAAGGCCCUCCAAGCCUUCCUGCCCCGAGAGAGAAGCUUUGCGCCAGGUAAAGAGAUGAAGGACUACACCUGUAGGUACUGUGGGGAGGCUUUUCCCGGCGCCAUUCCCCUCCACCAGCACGAAAGGUACCUCUGCAAGCAGAACGAGGAGAUUCUCGCCGCUGCACAGCUGCAGAAAAACGCGCAGCUUGCCGAAGCCUCGUUAAUCGAACAGGCUAGGUCGUUUAAGCCUGACCUCUUAGACUUACAAGGCCAGUUUCUCACCAGCAGUUUAGAGAAGGCCAAGUCAGAGUUGGACCUUUCCAGUGAGCACUUGACCGUCCUGAAAGCCUACUAUGCCUUACAUGCACAACCUUCCCCAGAGGAGCUGGUCAAAAUCUCCAGCGUCGUGGGACUUCCAAAAGACUUUGUGGAAAGCUGGUUCGCGAACAUGCGCGAGAGGAAUGAACCCAGCGGUGUGGAUGAGAAGACUGCAGACCCUGACCGCGUGGCAGGCAGCGAAACUGAGGUGCUAAACCUGUCAGCAAAGGCAACAGCACCCAGCACUCUGCCAGGGGAAACCAAUGAACCAACAGAGGCAGAAAUACCCAGAACACAAAGCCCCUGCGAAAUAAAAGAGGAAGAAGGGCAACCGCCAUCUGACGGUGAUGCUCCCAUGGACCUAACUCUCCCGAAGACAGAGGCAUCCAAACCUAAACCCAACAGUGUCGUCACGAUCUACAACAAACGAAAAAGUGCCAUGUUCGCGCCCAUCCCCGACCCCCUCCUCACCAACCCUGCUGCAUACUAUGCAGCCCUGCCCUUCUUCGGUCAAGGCGGUAUACCGACACCGUUUCCCGGAUACAUAGACUUUCUCGCCUCCCCGAUGACGGGGGCAUUUCUAAACGGGCUUGGCUCCCCCUACCUCACUCCAGGCUUCAACGCAGCUACCCUCUCCGCCAAGAGGCAGAGGUUAGACACGCCCACCUCCACACGCGGCAGGAGAGGGCGGCGGCGAGUGUUCGACAACGUCGGAGGCAGGGUUCCCAUGGCAACGCAGUCAGCCACGCCCAUCCGGAUGCCUUCGCCGAUGCACCCGUCAAUGGAUCCAGACACACAGAGCCCCCUAGCACUGGCACAGGAAACUGCAGAAGGAUCGCCGAGUAUACCCUCCCCCUCUCCAUCUGGAACCUACCCUGGAUAUAUUGGUGAUUCCGCCAGCUCUCCAGGUUCCCCCGCCCUGUCCACGGGAACCCCGGGAAGGAGAAGGGACAGGACCACCCGGACCGAGGACGGCCUGUACGCCUGCGACUUGUGCGACAAGGUUUUCCAGAAACACAGCUCCCUGCUCAGGCACAAGUACGAACACACAGGGAAGCGUCCGCACCAGUGCCCCAUCUGUCAGAAAGCCUUCAAGCACAAGCACCACCUGAUCGAGCACUCACGCCUGCACAGUGGGGAGAAACCCUACCAAUGCGACAAGUGCCUGAAGCGGUUCUCUCACUCCGGCUCCUACAGCCAGCACAUGAACCACAGAUACAGCUACUGCAAGAAGGACGACUAACCACUAAGUCAUUACAAUCUCACCAUGAACAUGAACUAUUCUGUUAGCCUGGAUGCCUUCUAUCUUUAGUGUACUCUAUUGGUCUCUUCCCUACCAACAGGAUUGAACUUGCACCUAUUCUGUCCACCUUUCUUUUGAAUAUUUGUUUAGAAUUCACUUUGAUGCUGCCACUUAGGUUUGGCCAAUUAAAUUCUGAGCAAAUAUUCAUAUGACAGACGGAUAGAACAUUUGUAAGUCCUGUCUAUAACUAAGUUUUAGAGGUGACCAAGAGAGCAUACGAAAGCUAAAAAGGCUGGCAUCCAGGCUUGUAUUUUGUACAAACAUACAUCAGUAGUGCAUCCGAACACAGUUUAUGCAGGAAUACGUCAACAUCAGCUUGCAUUAGACUGUUACUCAAAGAUGAGAUUUGACCAUCUAGAGGAGGCUGUUGUCACCACUAAUGCUGAAAAUGCUGCUUGUGAAAGAAAUGGCUACAGACCUCUUGGAGACAUACUUGGAGCUAGAGCUAAGACAGCCCUUUGUAGGUGUAAGAAAGAAAUAGUUAAUUAUCUAGAAAUUGAUUUUUAAAAAAUCGUUUUUUUAGAUAGGUGCAGAUACACAAUCUGCUUUAGAUAUAUAGUGAACAUACCACUAGUUUCUGAACAGAGAAAAUGACGUAGAUUAAUCGCUAUCUAAGACUUUCCUAUGUGUAUGUUAUACCUAGUGAAAAAGUUGUAAGGUCUUAUAUAGCAGUUUGCUGUGCCACUUCUUGCCAUUGUACAUUGGACAAAGUAUAAAAUCUUGCCAUUUCUACAGUAGAGUAGAAACUUUGGGACAUUUUUGUCAGUAACAAAUGUGAUACCUGUAUAUGUAGGGUUUUUCUUAGACAAGGAAAAAGCCAGAUGCCUUAUGUGCAAUGUUGAAUAGUAUGAUAUGUGUUACAUCUUCCAGUUGCUUAGAUAAUGUAUAAAGAUAAAACCUCUUUUUUCUCAUCAGCCUAUCACCCUGUUCCCACCCACAAAACUGAAUGUUAUCUUCCACUGAGGGGAAACUAGCAUGUGCCACUGCAUUUAAAGGGGUGAGAAGGCUGCUGGAAGAAAUUUCCUUCUUGUACAUAUGUGAAGAAAGAAAGAAAAAGCCAUGACACCUUUGUGUUUAGUAGGAUAAAGUAAAAAAAGUGUUUGAAUUAGUUGCCAAAAGAGAGGACUGUGGAAAUCAUACCGAGAUGUGGAAAAAAUUACUUAGGAUCUAAAUCAGGGGAAGUGAGGGUGAGAUACUGAAGGGAGAGAAUGUAAAGUUGAGUAGUGGUGUGUUUUUUGGCAACGCCUCUGGAGCAGAGCCUUGUAAAGUAAGAGAAAGUCGUGAGAAUGUCAUUACUGGACAGUAUUAUUUGCUCAUGAUCAGGACACAACAUCAUGAUACUGAUACAGUGCCAUCAGAUAGCAAAUGUAGAGGCGUUUUCUGAAUUGUCUGGUAUUUUUGUUUUUGGUACCAAGAGUAUGGUGUGUGAGAAUUGUGUUUAAACGAAGGUGCUGGUUUGUUAUAGCAGGACUGAGAGGGUUUGAUACAGAGUAAGGGAAACAUAGCAACUUGCAAUGUACUGAUUUGAAUACAUGAGAAGAAUUUGAUACAACUUCAGCUGAACUGAAUUUAUAGUUAGGCCUUGUUUUACAUACGGCAGUAUGUAUAGGUGCCAAUUAUGUUGCCAUAUAGUGUGUAAAAAGAUAUACUUUUAGGUGUAAUGGUUAAGAACAUGUUGCAUGAUUUAAGAGAGAGAAGAUGCCUUGGCAAGACAAUAGGAAUGGCUUUUGAAUGUAACAAAUCAAGAACUUUGUGUUCUUUGAAAGAACACAUUUACUUGUGAUUGACACUAGAAUGCUUUGAUGACCAUUUCAUGGAAACAACUGUCACAUUUUUUGUCAUAACCAUGGUAACAUGGAUUUAACCAUAAUUUGGUGACUCUGGCAGAGUGAAUCAUGCAACAUUUUAUUACAGUUAUUUGCAAAAUGUUGGUUGCCAAUCAGGUUUUGGCAUAAUGAGAGUAAGAAUUGAGUACAUGUAUUCACCCAUACAUGAUCACUAUCCUGUGUUUUAUCAAUGAACAAGCCAUAUUAUGUGAUAAGUUGUUAUGAUAUUUUCAAAUAUGUUGUGAUAUAGAAUUGUGCACAAUAGAUUUUUUUACAUGUUGAAGUAACCUAUUUUAGACUUGGUAUGUUCCAAACACUUCCAGUUAUUCUGGGUUGGUCCAUUAUUGACAGGGGAUUCCAGCUUUGGGGAACACAAUUUUGGUAGAUUCCCGUUAUUUUAAGAGAGUUGAGACAGAAAUAUUUUUAAGAAAUGAUAGCCACUCUUUGUCUUGAUUUACCUGUGCAAUUAUUUGAAAUGUUAUAAUCCUCGGUGGCACAGUGAUGUUUUAUUUCCCUAGAUAAUUAGCUCAUUUGGAAUAUUUGAAGAUAAUUUGUAGCUAUUGUUGUGAUCAAUAUAAUUAGCUAGUGCAUGCAGGACUUGUUGGCUUGCAUGAGUAGUAUAGGGGGUGCAAUAUGCACCAACAUUGAAGGAGGAUUAGAUUUAUGGAAUGUUUUCUUAGGGGCAAACUAUGAAGGAAUAUGGGGUGUACUUAACAAUGGUUACACUAGGGUGCAGUUAGAUGAAGAAAGAGAAAUUUUUGAGAAGACUUCAAGUUCAAAGCAAGGAAAAACAUAAAACAUUUUUACAUGCACCCCUCCGAUCCUUCAUGGUUUCCCCAAACUGUUGACCAUUUGUGAAUAUGAAGUGCAUUUCCUAUGUCAUGUCAGCUUGCUCAGAUGACUUAUUUGUUGCCAAAUUUAAAAGUAUAUAAAAUUAUAAGUAGCAAAAUUUGCUCAUAAAUCUGACUAAAAGCAAACAUUGUAGAUUAUUGUGCCUAGUUACCAUGCCUACCCACAUACCAUAUUAGAUAGUGAUUGUCUUGCCCAUCUUUGCAAGGUAUGGCCCAUGUACAAAACGGAUAUUUUUGUGUUGGAUAUAUAUAAGGCACUUGCACGCAAGAUUUGAAUCGCAGACUAAGUAUGCAAUUAUACAGAAGUUAACAUCUUUAGUCUUAGCAAAAUAUUUAUUAUUUACUCAUUGUUUAUUUAUUGGUUAGUUUUGGCUACUUGUGUUUAUUUAUUUUGACUUAAAGAUAUGUUGGCCUUUUGUAUUUUCAGUUGUCUGUAUCUAAAACGAAUAAAACGU